AAUUAACUAAUAACUAGACAUUCAUGAAAAGAUGUGAAAAGAUUAGACGCAUGUGUUUUUGAAAACACAUAACUCUAGAAAACGGUUGAGUGAAAAGCUGACUAAAAAAUAAGAAAAGGAACAUUGGAAAAAGUACAAUGGAUGUAACAGAAGAUCCUGUCGGUGUAGUAGGUUCGUGCAUAUUUGUGUGCGUGUAUAAUGCAUUAGAUGAAUGGGUGAGAAAAGGAAAAAUAUACUAACUGGGUGGGAGAAGGAAGAAAGAUAGAUUCUGGGAUCGAGUGGGGAAAAGGGAGAGGGACACACUGGGCUAGUGACAGAGAUAGGGGAUGUUCGAAUGACGUCACAAACUGCAGCUUCAAGGAGGUUUAAACGAGAGUAUCAGUCUGUUCUUCAUACCUUGCACUCGCGAUAAAAACGAACGCCGGUAGUCCGUGUCCCAUGACAGUAGCUUGUAAACCGUCGCGUGGAAUGGGUCGGUGUUUUUCCUACGCGAAUGUGCAUGCACGAAAUUGAGCAACUGCAACGCCAAAGAAAAUUUCUCUCGCCCGUGCAUCAGCGUCCAAACACACACGAAUGUAAACGAUUUCCGUCGGUUGGCGAAGUCGUGCGUUUUCUAUAAAGCAACUAAGUAACCUAACCAAGUGUUGUGUGUCAUAUACCAUUCGAACGAAAAUGGUGCUUUCGGAAUGUUAUGGGUUCGUCAAGUAUGCACUGGUCUGCGUCAAUCUAAUAUUUUGGGCAGUGGGUUUGGCAGGAGUGGUGUUGGCCGCGUGGCUAUUGACGGACCAAAUGUUCCUGAUUUCCCUCGCUCAGGAGCAGCACAACUUCAACGCUGGCCUCUACAUCCUGCUGUCCGCCGGGAUCCUCAUGCUGAUAGUCGCCUUUCUGGGCUGCUGCGGCGCCUUCCGUGAAUCCCAAUGCAUGCUGGUCGCUUUCUUCAGCUGUCUCCUCGUGGUUAUCGUCGCGCAGAUCGCGGCCGGGGCAUGGCUCUACACCAACAGCGAUCGCCUAGAGGAACUGGUCAAGUCUUCCGUGAUAAAUACCGUUAAGAAUAAAUAUGGCGUGGACAAUGCUCAGAUACAAGCCGUGGAUGCGUUUCAAUCCGGCCUCGGAUGUUGCGGAGCCACUGGCCCGGCAGAUUGGGCAGGCAGUAAAUACGCCACCAAAGAUCCCUUGGCCCCUGUGAGCCUAACAGUCUCCGGAGACGCGAGCAUGUACAAAGUGCCGGAGUCCUGCUGCAAAGAUAGCACCGUUUGCAAGGAAUAUCAGCACAUUAAAGUUGCCAGCGAGGUUAACCCGGCUAUUUACAACGAGGGUUGCAUAGACAAGCUGAUGGACGUGCUGAACAGCCAAAAGAACGUCGUGAUCGGCGUGGCCGCGGGGAUCGGCAUCUUGGAGCUCCUUGGAUUGAUAUUCUCUUUGGUGUUAUGCUGCGCGAUCGGAUCGUCCGACAGAUACAAAGCUUGAAUCGUACACGUAUCCUAGACCGUCUAUGUAUAAUCCUUUCUUACGCCACAUAUCGUCGUGACACAGUCUUCUUAACCAGUAACCGCGAUUCGAUCUCCGUGCCAAUCCGAAUAAGUUUCUCCUCGUGUCUGUCUCUAGGGUCCAACCGGAAACCAGAGAGAAGCUUUCUAAAGCCUGAUCGCAGGGAUCUCAGGCAGUACGAAUUGUCUUUAAGCGUCCAAAUCGAAUUUCUCUUAUCGACAAUGUUCCGGUACAGUUUCAGUAUUCAUUAAUGUAUAUCGGUGUCCGCGUUUUGGAUAUUGUAUCGUUAUUCCUGCACAAGGACAAGAAAUGACAAUUUUUCUUCUUUUUUUUUUUUACCAACAUAUUAUACACGUUUGUAAUUUUCUUUUAUAUUUAUACGUAUCUCGAGAUUUGUUUGCACCGUAUUGGCAUUUAAGAAAUAUAAAAAGGACAAAAAAGAUAAAGAAGGAACUCGGUCAGAGUUUCGAUAACGAAAAAGGUGCGCACCGGGAACUCUCGUUUGUUUCUUACUGCCAGAUGCACUUUUUCGUCCACGUCUCCUUCCAUGCUAAAGACUUACCGCGAACGAACAUUUCAAUGUUUUACAGAGUACCUAUAUGAUUUACAUUUUUUUGUUAGGCCAAAGUAGUAGACCAAACUAACGUUAAUGUGUUAAAGAGAGCGAGAGAGUGUGGGAGAGCAUGAGUUUUGAAUUUGUAUGCGUAAAUAAGGGAUCGACGAUUCUUGUUGUUGCAACUGGUAUAUUUAUAAAGGAACUUUAUAACGGUUUUUGAAUUUCGUCCGGCCCGUGGUUUAUUCUGCUCUCUAUACUGCCAUGUGAUAUUUACUAUACGUUCCGUUCAACGCGGCAAUUUGUAUCGUCAGUCACAACACCACUUUUUGAAAGCAUUUUUAACGCUAUCUUCGAUGUUUUUUUAACAAAAACAAAGGUACUCUUUUUACAAAAUAAUUCGAACGUGACUCGCAACUGUUCUGUUGUUGCAAAUACACCAGUUUCAACGCGCGCGCGCGCGCAUCUAGAGAGGUAAAAUAAAUAUAUAUGUAUAAAAAAAAAGAUGCUCCUAGAAGAUCGAUCUGAUAAUUAAUAAUAUUGAUGUCCAAAUGAGAUUAUAUUAUUGUAAGAACGCCGCUAAGAGGUUUCGUCUCUCGCGGCAUUAUAGUCUAUUCAUGUUAUCUUUAAAGUAAAAGAGAGUGGCAAACGUUUAAAUGCGAGGACAUAGCUAAACAGAAGCAUCUAAUUUUAUAAAAUUGAACUCGUCAUCCAUUUUAUUGGCGUACGGUGACACUUAUGAGGACGCAAUAUUUUUUUUAACAAAAUGUCUCCGAUGGCGACAUCGUUUCGGAAAUUUUUUAUUAGCGUACUCGCCAAUGUUACGAGGAUAAAAUUGAACGGUGUUUCGAGUGUUAAAACAUUCUGGUAAAAAUGUAUUUCGGUGUAACAAACAAGAGCUGCUUUUGGAAUAGUUGUGUCUUACAGAAGUGAUCGAUAUAUUUGACGAUGAAUGUUUUAUAGAUUACCUAUAACUGUAGCGAAUAGAGCAGAUGUUUAUUAAUUGUUCUUCUAACGUUCAUCGUCAAAUGAUUAAAGCGUAGACUAAAGAGAAACGGAUCUUUGCGCAUAUUGUAUCUUGGCGACGAUUAUGGUACAAAAAAAACAUUGCUGAAAUAUUUAAAUUCUUCUUCUUCGUGAGUGUUCCAAAUCAAAAUGUACGAAGUAAAGAUCAUAGCUUCUAGUCUGUAAAGGUUGAAUUCCUAAGUUAUCAGAUUUAUUUCGUUGUAACGUUUAACAUGCUGCUUGCCAAUGGAUCGAUAAAAUAACAGAAGAACGUAAAUUAAAUUUGGCAAGCAACGUGUUAACCAACCACUUUGGUAUAAUAUUAUUUUAUGCGUUUCUUCUCUUUUUUCUUAUUUCGUAAAAAAGAUAACAUUGUACACUGCUCGUUGCACGCGAUAGCAGUGUAUACUGUUGUUUUUAUCAAUCAGAAAUUCUUGAACACAAAAAUGAAGUUAGUAAUGUUCGAGAAAUUCUGAUCAAGUAUAUAGAUAAUCAUCUAUAAGUAUAUAUACGUGUAUAUCUGAUGUUAUGUAUGGAAAAUAAUACGAUUUAAGUAUACAGAAGCGUUUAUCGAGUAAAAAAAAGAUAAAGGGUUCACCCAAGCACCUUAAAAGGUGAUGAUUUGGUCGCCGUAAUUACGGGUUUUCUAGUUUCCAAUCGUUGAACAGAACUUUGCAAGUGGUAAAGUUAUUUCGUCAAUUAUCAUACGUUCGUAACGUAAGUUAAGUUUUCGUAAGAGAAGUUCCAAAAAUUUUAUUUAAUGUACUCGAUUCUUACGUAGAAUUUGUUUGAUGCGUGAAUGAUUUCCACUUAAAUAUUAUUAGAUCAUAAGUUAACGAUGUUGCGAAUGCGAGAAAAAGAAAUUUUAGUUUACUUCGUUUCCGUAGAAGUUACGGAAUUUUCUAACGACAAAAGAAAAUCAAAUUUAAAGUUAAAAAUAUUUUAUAUUAUAUGAAAGAUUACGAUGUUAAAAGGUAUUCUAUUGUUUGAACAAAGUCCAAAGCUACGUUAACACGCAAAAUGUUCCCAAAUGGUGAAAAAGAUUAUGUCGUCUAGUUACCGGAUCUUAAAAUAUCUUCAAAGAAUUUCCUUACUGUAUUCGACACGCUGUGAUGUUCAAUGUAAUUGCACUUUUGUUUUAUAAAAAUGAUUUCAAGGAAUCUUCAACGACUAACGUAUCGUCUUUGUACAUGUAUGUUAAUUCUCUCGUGAACUUUGUCGGUUUUUUGCUUACAGAAUUUUUCUAAUAGGAAAUAAUGAAACAAUACGAGCGAUGGGUAGAAUUUUACGUGACAAAUUUUGCGACAAAAAUGUAUAAGAAACAUCUGUUUGAAAAUACCAAUAUGGCGUCUAAUCGUAUCGAUGUUAUAAAAAGCAAAUAUAGCCCAUAAAUUACAUGAGGCGUCGUCACUCGUAUAAUGUUCUUCAUUUUUAUAUAUAUAUAUAUAUAUAUAUCAAGAAAUAUAUAUAUCAUAUAUAUACAUAUAUGUAUAUACAUAUUUUCUUACUGAUUUUUAAGCGAGAUAUUUUCAUUGUCGCUAAUUUCAUUAUCCAUUCUUUUUGAACAUGCUUUACACAUUGUAUAAUAUAUUUUUCACCGAACGAAGACGUCCGCACGACUAGAACAUGAUUCUGUAAUACGUUAAUAUACUAUGUGCUAAAAAAAUUAAUUCUUUCGGAUUAUCUGUAAGUGGUCUACUUUGCUCCGAGCACUUUUUAAUAUUUAUGCAAUAACGAAUGGUGUCACAUUUGCCAUAUUUUACGAAUUUAAACGCGAAACGAAAUACUACACAUCUAAC